GGCAGUCAACAACCACCAUCACAGAAAAAAAUCGAGUUUGCCGAUCUCGGCUGUGGCUAUGGCGGCCUGCUUGUUGCACUGUCCACGCUAUUUCCAGAUACCCUUCUGUUAGGCAUGGAGAUUCGGGUGAAAGUCGAGGAAUAUGUACGCGAGCGAAUUAACGCGCUCAGAUUACAACAUCCGGGACAGUAUCAAAAUAUAUCCAUCAUAAGGAUGAAUGCAAUGAAAUUUCUUCCAAACUUUUUUGAGAAAGGGCAGGGACAACUAUUGUACAGAACGCAGUUGUUGGCAGAAUACGCAUACGUUUUGCGCGUCGGUGGUAUAAUAUACACCAUUACAGAUGUGACUGAUUUACACACGUGGAUGGUCAAACAUUUAGAAGAGCAUCCACUCUUCGAACGUAUUUCAGACGACGAAGUGGAAAAGGAUCCAGUAAUUCCAUUAGUUCGCACUGAGACGGAAGAAGGUAAAAAGGUGGAACGCAACAACGGUCAAAAGUUCUUGGCAUGCUUCAGACGU